AUGUCUGAUGCUGAGUUCGAUACCAUUAAGCGCCUUCAGGCAGAGCGCAAUGCUCUAGCUGCAGCCAAAAAAGGUUCAAAGACUUUUGAUCCGUCCAGCCAACGAACUGACGUUAACACAAAGGCCUCAUUGACCGAAUCCUUCGACACCACCCUCUAUGAUCGUAAUGGCGCCAACAAAUUCGAAGGUUACCAUGCCUCUAUUCCUGCUGACGAUGAAGAUGAUGACAUGGCAGAUACGGAUGGAGAUCGCGGCCAUCGACUUGUCGGGCAGUAUACUGCAAGUAAAGAUCAGAUGAAUGAAUUCGCCAGUGGCAAAGGCGUCGAAGAAGAAGAUAUUCUUUUGGGUCGUGAAAAGGCUGCCAGAAUAUCAGAAAGAGAAACUGACUAUCAAAAGCGACGCUUCGAUCGUGGAACUCUUACUCCGACUCGUGCAGACCCAUUCGCGGAAAAUGGCAAUGCAAACGGAGAAGCUACAGGCCAUACCUACCGUGAGAUUAUGGCUCUCCGGGAACUCGAAAAAGAAGAAGAGCGAGUUCAGAAAAUUAUUACAGAAAAGCAAGCAAAUGGGCAAGAUGGUAUCGUUGAACAUGAGGCUACUCUUACAAUUGAUGAAGGGAAUAAAGAAAACCAGGAUGCGGUUUCUGCCGUAUCUGUUACUACUGGUAGAAAAAGGAAGCAAAGAUGGGACGUGGGAUCUGAAACAUCAACUCCCAUGGAGAGCGAAGAAACUUCUGAAACUAAACCAAAGCGAUCGAGAUGGGAUCAGACUCCAGCCCCUGCUACGCCCUCAGAUGCCCCCAAAAGGAGAUCAAGGUGGGAUCAGGCCCCUUCUCUGACUGCGGCUACACCUGUGGGGCAGCCAGGUCUUGCGACUCCAAUGCACCCUUCUGCUCACCCCCUGUUACCCGCAACCUUUGGAUCGGACAUCUCCGCACGAAACUCGGUCCUUUCUGACGAAGAGUUGGAUUUAAUGCUCCCUUCUGAAGGAUACAAGAUCCUUGAACCUCCGCCCGGGUAUGCGCCAAUUAGAAACCCUGCCCGAAAAAUGAUGGCUACGCCGGUACCUGUUGCCAGUGCUAGUGGAAUUGGGGGGUUCAUGAUGCAAGAACCUGAGAACGCUCGCCUUAUGAGUAAGCAGUUACCGACUGACAUUCCCGGAGUUGGUGAUUUGCAAUUUUUCAAAACCGAAGACAUGCAAUACUUUGGUAAGCUUGUUGAUGGGGCAGAUGAGAAUACUAUGUCCGUGGAUGAGCUUAAGGAGAGAAAGAUCAUGAGAUUACUUCUAAAAGUUAAAAACGGAACGCCUCCAAUGCGUAAAACGGCCCUACGUCAGCUCACAGAUAACGCACGACAGUUUGGAGCUGGUCCGCUUUUCAAUCAGAUUUUGCCGUUACUGAUGGAGAAAACGCUUGAGGACCAGGAACGCCAUCUGCUGGUCAAGGUAAUUGAUCGUGUUCUGUACAAGCUUGAUGACCUUGUACGGCCUUAUGUUCAUAAAAUCCUUGUUGUCAUUGAGCCGCUUCUCAUUGACCAGGAUUAUUAUGCCCGCGUGGAGGGUCGAGAAAUUAUCUCUAAUCUUAGUAAAGCAGCAGGCCUUGCACAUAUGAUUAGCACCAUGCGACCUGAUAUUGACCAUGUUGAUGAAUAUGUACGAAAUACCACUGCACGCGCCUUCGCCGUUGUUGCAUCCGCAUUAGGCAUUCCAGCUCUGCUCCCUUUUUUGAGAGCUGUGUGCCGCAGCAAAAAGUCAUGGCAAGCCCGACAUACUGGUGUCAAAAUUGUUCAGCAAAUUCCAAUCCUUAUGGGUUGUGCGGUUCUACCCCAUUUACAAGGCUUGGUGGAUUGCAUUGGGCCGAAUCUCAGUGAUGAGCAAGCAAAGGUUCGGACUGUGACUAGUUUAGCGAUUGCUGCGCUCGCAGAAGCUGCAAACCCCUAUGGUAUCGAGAGCUUCCAGGAUAUUCUUGGCCCUUUGUGGAUGGGCGCACGGAAGCAGCGCGGGAAAGGUCUAGCCGGUUUUCUCAAAGCCGUGGGGUAUAUCAUUCCCCUAAUGGAUGAAGAAGGAGCAAAUUACUUUACUAGCCAGAUCAUGGAGAUUGUUCUUCGAGAGUUUUCAUCACCAGAUGAAGAAAUGAAGAAGGUUGUUUUGAAGGUCGUCUCGCAAUGUGCUGGUACCGAUGGCGUUACAGCAGCAUAUCUGAAAGAGCACGUUCUCCAGGAUUUCUUCAAGUCCUUUUGGGUUAGGCGCAUGGCUCUUGACAGGAGAAAUUUCCGUCAGGUCGUUGAAACUACCGUCGAUCUUGGACAGAAAGUGGGGGUCAGCGAGAUUUUAGAAAAAAUUGUCAAUAACUUGAAGGAUGAAAGCGAAGCAUAUCGAAAAAUGACAAUUGAAACAAUCGAGAAACUAAUUGCUUCGCUUGGAGCUGCCGACAUUGGCGAACGGUUGGAGGAGAGACUGAUUGAUGGAGUUCUUUUUGCAUUCCAAGAGCAAAGCAUUGAGGAUAUCGUUAUUUUGAAUGGUUUUGGAACCGUGGUCAACGCUCUUGGUACUCGUUGCAAGCCAUACCUCCCUCAGAUUGUCAGUACAAUCUUAUGGCGAUUGAACAAUAAGUCUGCAACUGUUCGCCAGCAGGCCGCUGACCUCAUUUCUCGCAUCGCAAUUGUUAUGAAACAAUGUGGCGAGGAUGCUUUGAUGGGCAAAUUAGGUACAUUUCUUUAUGAAUACCUCGGGGAAGAAUAUCCCGAAGUCCUUGGUUCUAUCCUUGGUGCUCUUCGGUCUAUUGUCACUGUUGUCGGUAUCAACCAAAUGCAGCCUCCAAUUCGGGAUCUCCUGCCUCGACUGACACCUAUCCUUCGAAACCGACAUGAAAAGGUACAGGAAAACACGAUUGAUCUUGUUGGUCGCAUUGCUGACCGCGGCCCCGAGUCUGUCAAUGCUCGCGAAUGGAUGCGUAUUUGCUUCGAACUUCUGGACAUGUUGAAGGCUCACAAAAAAGGCAUUCGUCGGGCUGCAAACAACACCUUUGGUUUUAUUGCGAAGGCAAUUGGCCCUCAGGAUGUCCUAGCUACGCUGUUGAACAAUCUUCGGGUCCAGGAGCGGCAGUCUCGUGUUUGCACGGCCGUUGCUAUUGGUAUUGUCGCCGAGACCUGUGCUCCUUUUACAGUCCUUCCAGCCCUCAUGAAUGAGUACCGUGUUCCGGAACUGAAUGUUCAAAAUGGUGUUCUAAAAGCUAUGUCGUUCCUUUUCGAAUAUAUCGGUGAGAUGGCGAAGGACUACGUGUACGCCGUCACACCACUUCUCGAAGACGCCCUUAUUGAUCGUGACCAAGUUCAUCGACAAACUGCAGCCAGCGUUGUCAAGCAUAUCGCCCUGGGCGUAGUUGGCUUGGGUUGCGAGGAUGCAAUGGUUCAUCUCCUAAACCUUCUUUAUCCCAAUCUUUUCGAAACCAGCCCCCACGUCAUCGAUCGUAUUAUUGAGGCUAUCGAGGCCGUUCGCAUGGCUGUUGGUACAGGUAUUGUGAUGAACUAUGUCUGGGCGGGAUUAUUUCACCCUGCUCGCAAGGUCCGCACACCAUACUGGAGAUUGUAUAAUGAUGCCUAUGUUCAAGGCGCGGACUCGAUGAUUCCGUACUAUCCUUAUUUACCAGAGGAAGGGUUGGCGAGGUCUGAACUGGCGAUCGUUCUUUAA